AUGUCCUGGCUGUGGCAAGGACAACGUUUAAGCUUGCGCAUAUUUAAAGUUUUGAUUAGCUGCUGGCUUCUAAUGUGCUGCAUUUACACAAAUGCCUGGCAAGCGUCCAUCGGUCUCCAUCUUGGCGUCAUGGCCGGCAGCAUUAAGGGACGCGGCGACACACAUCGUCUGGGCGAGAUGGGCGCCGGAUCACUGACUCGUUCCUGGCUAACGCAAAGUAAUAAUCAUGCCAACAUCUCCGAGCUGUUGGACAAUUUGUUGCGAGGCUAUGAUAAUAGCAUUCGACCUGAUUUCGGUGGACCUCCCGCCACCAUUGAGGUGGACAUAAUGGUGCGUAGCAUGGGCCCAAUAUCAGAGGUCGAUAUGACAUACUCGAUGGACUGUUACUUUCGCCAAUCCUGGGUGGAUAAACGUCUCGCCUUCGAGGGUGCCCAGGAUACGUUGGCACUGUCAGUGUCAAUGUUGGCGCGCAUUUGGAAGCCGGAUACAUAUUUUUACAAUGGCAAACAGAGCUAUUUGCACACGAUUACCACUCCGAAUAAGUUUGUGCGCAUCCAUCAAAACGGACGUAUUCUGUACUCCAGCCGUCUGACAAUCAAAGCCGGCUGCCCCAUGAAUCUCGCGGAUUUUCCCAUGGACAUACAGAAAUGCCCGCUGAAAUUUGGAUCAUUUGGCUACACCACGUCGGAUGUCAUUUAUCGUUGGAACAAAGAGCGUCCUGCAGUUGCCAUUGCGGAGGAUAUGAAAUUGUCACAAUUCGAUUUGGUCGAUUGUCCGGCGGGUAAUAUAACGGACAUUGUUUACAAGGCAGCCGCACCCAUGCCACAAAGCUACAACAACAAGGACACACUGCCACACAAACAGUCGCCCAACAACAACAACAAGGCAAUGACCACGUUUGCUGGUCCUGGUGCCAAAAAUCAACAUGUACGCGGCACGGGCUUAAAGCUGGACAAAGGUGCCUUCGGUUCCGGAAGGGGCGUGGCUGGGGGCGGUGGCCUUGUCACGAAUUUGGCGGGAAGCAUUACGCUGGAAACGCAUCAUCCAUCGGAGUACUCCAUGCUGAUGGUUAACUUCCAUCUGCAGCGUCACAUGGGCAACUUCCUGAUCCAGGUCUAUGGACCCUGCUGUCUGCUUGUGGUGCUCAGCUGGGUGUCCUUCUGGCUGAAUCGUGAGGCGACCGCAGAUCGUGUUUCUCUGGGCAUUACCACGGUGCUGACCAUGACAUUUUUGGGCUUGGAGGCACGCACCGAUCUGCCAAAGGUGCCGUAUCCCACCGCCUUGGACUUCUUUGUCUUUCUCUCUUUUGGCUUCAUCUUUGCCACGAUUCUUCAGUUCGCUGUGGUGCAUUACUUUACCAAAUAUGGCUCCGGCGAGUGUUACUUUAUCAUCGAGGAGCUGGAAUCGGAUUCGGCGGAGUCCGAAACGGAUGUGGAUGCCAGCGGACAGUCGGACUUUCGCAGCAGCAGUGAGUCCAGGAUCUACGAAGUUAUUCCCCUGUCCAUGUGCGCUAUUAAUAUGCCUGCCUCGGGACACAGUCGCCUGGGUAUGCUGGGAUCACGACGCAGCACACGAAAUAGACGUCAUGGUUUGUCCAGGUUCAGUUUCUGGCGCUGCUUGGACUGGUUCAGCUGGCGUCGUCAACGCCGUCCGGCUCGCAAGGCCACCUGCUCCGAUGAGGAUGAAGAGGACGACGAGCAGACGCAACUGCGCGCUGAUGACAUACCCUGUACCUCGGCAGCAGCUGCGGCGGCGGCAGCGGCUGCCCAGAGAUCUCCUCCUCCUGUUGUGGGACGUCGUCGCAUGUCCUUCUAUAGACGCGAGGAGCUGGAGGCGCGUCGCAAGGGCAAAAGGACGCCGCAAUACAAUUCGGUAUCGAAAAUUGAUCGUGCCUCGCGUAUUGUGUUCCCAUUGCUGUUCUUCCUGAUCAAUGUGUUCUACUGGUAUGGCUAUCUGUCCCGAAGCUCACGCAUUUUGGCCAAUACGCCGACGAGCACCUGAUGUUACCUUUUAGCAAUUUAGACACAGUCCUUAAAGAAACCAAAGGCGUUCCUCAAGGAAGAGCAGCGACUAGGAAGAAUGUGUUCGACAAGAAAAAAUUGAUAAAAGAAAAGGUAUAAAAUUGUAAAAGAAAACAAAAAAUGUUAAAUGAAAAAUUUUGGCUUCAGUUAUUUGCUCUUAACCUGAUUUGCUAACAACUAACGAACGCUUCGUGGGAUUUCUUUACGCGCUAAAUUGCUAAACAUAAACAGGCUAAAUAAACAUAUCACAGGACUACAAAAUGUGCAUAAAUAUAUGUACUUAUAUCUAUAUAUUAUUUGUACAGUUAGCCUAUAAGUUGCCACAUCUCUUGAGCUUUUAAAUGUUAAGUUAUAAAUCUACUGCUAAAAAUACUAUAUAUGCUAUUUCUAAUAAGUUCUUGUUUGAAAUCUUGUUCCGGUUCUGUUUUUUGCCUAAGAGCUUUUUGAGGGAUCACAUAAAAUAUGAAAUUGUUAAGAAUUUGCUGUCAGUACCUCGUUUACUGGCAAGCAGAUAAAGAAAGUUAUAUACGAGUAAUAAAAGAGAGAAUUAAUUAUCAAUAAA